UGUCGUUUUCGUUCGUAUGUUAUUGCUGAGGUGGCUGAUAAACAUUAACUUUUUUCACGAACAUUUUCUGAAUGUCGCAGUAAAUAAUGGCGAGUAGAAAUGGAAAUGGAAGAAUAAGUGAAGAAUUAUUGGAGGCCCAAAAUCGUCAGAUGACAGAGAACUUAUCCCUGAAAAUUUCCCAUCUUAAAAAUAUUUCUCUUGACAUUGAAGGAGAGACAAAGGAACAUAAUAGAUUACUGAAUGGUUUAGGCCUGGAUUUUGAAAACAGUCAAGGUAUUCUCUCUAGUAGUUUUAACAGAGUAAGCAAGAUGAUAGGAGCUGGCAGUGGUAACAGACGAGUGAUGUGCUACAUCAGUCUUGGUCUUGUUGGACUCUUCAUAGUGGGGUAUUACAUUAUUGCUAAUAUCACUAAAUAAGUUCAAACUUAUUAAAUGGAAAAUAGUUCAAUCCACAAGAAAUGUAUCGACUUUAAUGCACAAUUGAGAAACCAAUAUUUAAGGAAGUAAAUUUCAUUGGAAAGGAUUUUAUUUUGAACACAGUGGAAGAAACUUAAGUUAAAGCCACCUGGAGGAAGCUGAAUCUAAAAGGUGCAACUUAUUCUUCCAUAGGGUAAUAAAAUUUUUUGUUGUUGUUGCUGAAGAGUGUAAACAAACAGAAGUUUGCAGAUAUUUCUGCUCUUUUAUACACAAAGUAUGUAGUAUAUUCUGGUCAAUUGUAUUUAAGUUUGGCCUGCUUAAUUUGCUCUGUGUUCGGUGGAUAUUAAGAUUCAUGUGAAUAAUUUAUGUGUUUACCUGUUUACUUUGUAUGUGUUGAUGCUUAUUAAAUCCUUUGUGUUUCUAUAUAAAAAUAAUGAAGUAUGGUAACUUGUUUUUAAUGAACAGACUUUAUUUUGAACAUUUAUGUGAAGCAGUUUGAAGUAUUUCUUGUUUUCAGUUUUAAACUAACAGCAAAAGGCCUCGUCUGCACAGGACAUAGCAGAUGUAGUGUGAUUGACAUAUCAUUAUACAUAACUUGCACUCAUUAGUUCUUAUAAUUUAGUAGUCAUAAAAGUGUGAAAUUACAUUAAAGUAAGACUUGAUAAUUAUAAUGACAUUAAUCUUUACUGGCCCAACACAGAUGAUUAGUAAGAAGAAAACGUGUUACAGUAUUUUAACUAUAUCUUUUCUCAUAUGUCACUGUUGACAAGGUCUUUUAAGAGUUGUUAUCCUAUAAACAACUAAUAUAAAUAGCAUUUAAAUUAACAGUUUGUUUGGUGUAACCCAGUUGACCUAUUGAGUAACAAGAUCUUUUCACCAGCAAUAUAUAUUUUAAAUACUAUUACACACAAAAUUCAUACAGAAACAACCUGUAUUUGGUCAGUAAAAGAUAACAUGGUUUAGGUUUUUAUCAAUUUCUAUUGUAAUACUGUAUCACACGUUUAUUGGAACUAUAUGUUUUUAAUAAAGUUGUAUAAAUUACAUGGCUUAAUUACAGAAGUUCAAUGUCAGUGUAGCAUAUUUGAAUGUCUCCAGUUUGAAUUUUGUUAAUGGAUUAGUUUUUUCAUAAUGGAACCUAUAUAAAAAUACACAAAUGCAAGAGUGUAUCAAUAACCCUUUAUUACAAUAAUCGUUUCAUUAGCAGCAAAAUAUAAUAGUUCAACUAACUGUAAGCACCCGUCUUUGCCAAAAGCAUUAUAAAUAUACCACUGUACAGUUUCUAACAUAGCUUUCCUGUUGCACUAAAUCUGAUACUGGGGACAAUGCUGUUUCUUUCUCUUAUAUCAGAAUGGAAGUAUUUAGCUAUAGUAGGUAAAAGGUACUUUUAAUAUAAUGAAACAUUAGGUUUAAGAUUCAGUGAGGUUUAAUGACUUAGUAAUACAUCAGAAAGAUAACUAGAAUUCAUGAAAAGCAUAUCUUUUCAACAGAAACAUCACAUACACAUAAACCUACAACACACUUCAUACACAGCUACAUUCUUCUUGGUUUACACACUGCCAUAAUCAAAUGAAGUGAGUUAAAUACACAUAUUUACAGUAUAUUUUUCCACCUUGAAUACCUUGUCCCAUGAAUUACAAAUAUAAUUACAUGAAUAAUGUCAACAAUAACCAUUAUCUUUGUUUAGAAACGUGACUUACUUAAUCAGGUAAAUAAUUAAAAAAACCUUUUACUAUACACGUUGUUAAUGUAUUUGUCUUUGAAAGAAAAUAUAUAUGCAAGAAUUGUUAGUGAUGAGUUAUAACUUUCUGCAUGUAAACUUUUUUACUGGUUUACACACACAUAUAUGUAUAUAUACUUAGUUAUUUACUAAAUAAAUUAUAAAUUUCAUAUUAAUUU